AUGCUGGAACUUCCUCAACACCAGCCACCUGUUCUUUUCGUCCUGGCUGCAACUACCGGCAGCAAACAUGAACCAAGUCGUCCGCUGUCGCCCCUGCCGUCUGCAAAGGCAGGACCAAAUUCCCCUACAUCAUCUCGAGACAACUUUUCGCGCUCUAGAAAGUCUGAAAACUCAACUAGCUAUGACGCACGCAAUCCGGAGACGACUGAACUCUUCUCCGUUGCUGCCGAUAGGAGCCGCAGCGUGAACUCAACAAAGAGUCGGCAGCUCUUCGGCGUCUCCCAUGGACGAGAAGGCUCGAUUUAUCGCUCUGAACAACAGAAGCCACUGGAAGGCAGCACGGUGCCUCCCCAAUUGGCUGCAGACAGUUCUGCUUCAAUACGGCGCCCGUUUGAUUUGCUGCGGAGAGCUGCAGCGCUCUUUGGUGACUCUCCCUGGCUACUGACCGGAGACGUAGAUGAGAUAAAUGGGUAUCCCGUCAUCACAUAUCAACAAGGGUACUUCGUGGCGCGGUCGGUGGGAGCAGCGUUCGACCAGAUGGUUCCAACCUCCCAACUUCCUCAACGCGAUGGCUCCAACGAGCCACUUAAGUUUUUCGGAACUUGGGCUUUCAACUCUGUAGAGUUACUUCUGGCGGACUUUGGCGCGGGCGCGUACGGCUUGACAGUCGUGCCUAUGCAUCCUGAAAUGAACCCCCGUCGAUUUCUGGAAGUGAUGAUUCACACACAGAUGACGCACCUGUGCACUGACUGGCGGCAUCUUGAGAUCGUUCUCGACCUGCUUGAAGGCGGGCAGCUCUCGAAUCUGUCGACAGUCAUAACCCUUGAUGCGGCAAGUUACCCUUAUGAAGGCCAUGACAGAAGAUAA